CAGGCAAAGAAAAGUAAGACACACACAGAGAAGUGCUGUGUGUGUGUCUCUGGCUGAAAAACACCAGAGAAGAAGACAACAGCAAAGCUGGAAACGGAGGAAAAGAGAAGAGGAGAGAAAGAUUCCCUUUUAGAGAGCAGAGCAUUUUCUCUUCAUGCACUUUUUUUUACACCUGUCCUGAGGUCACAGAGUGGCUGUCGUCAGUUUUUAGACAGAGAUCCUCCGUCCCUAACCUCUGACGGCGGGCCAGAGCUGCCCUCCUCUGAGUGACGCUCUGCAGCCACCAACAAACAAGAGGCUCAGCAGGCGACUCGUCUCACGUCUGCUCCUCAUCUGCUGGAUUAGUCAUUUCUGACACUGUCUGAACGAGGCUGAGCGGGAAAACAGCAGCACCUCUCACAGGAUGGACGCCAGAGAGGAGGCGCUGGGCCUCCUGAACUCGAUAUGGCGACAGGCUCUGCCCAGCGCCCACCCCGUGGAGCUGGGAGCCUUCUUCAUCAUCUUCAUCUUCAUGGACACGGAGAAAGAGGCGCUGACGGGCUGCCCAACAGGCCGGCCGGAACUGCCAGGCUUUCAGGAUGGUCAGCAUUCCUGGGAGCAUCCCUGCCCUCUGCAGAGCAGCAACAGCACCUGUGGCCUGAGGAGGAGGCAGCGUCCAGCCUGGCUGCCUCUUAGACACAACCUUCAGGAUCAGACACAGCUAACCCACAGCGUGCCAUGGAAGAAGGAUGAGGGCCACGAUGAGCCCGUAGAGCCCCAGCACCUCGGCGAAGAUCAGGAUCAGGAUCAUGCCCACGAAGAGCCGGGGCUGCUGGGCGGUGCCUCUCACGCCGGCGUCGCCCACGAUGCCGAUGGCGAACCCGGCGGCCAGCCCGCUCAGGCCCACACUCAGACCGGCCCCCAGACCAUGGCCGCGGAGGCUCCCAUCACAGCGAAGAAAGGCGAGUACUCGGGGCUCUCCUCAGAGGACAUUCUCGCGCUUCUC